AUGCGUUCUCGGAGCGCAAAAAAGUGGUUCAUCAUCACGCUCGCGGCCGUCGCUUCCAUCUGCUUCCCCAUCUCGACCAACAUCUUCGUGCCGGCCAUCCCGAUGCUCGUUGACACGUUCGUCGUGUCGCCCGAAAAGAUUAACCUCACCAUCACGAUGUCCAUGGUCUCCCAAGGAAUCACAUCAGCGUUAUGGGGCGCCCCCGCCGACACCCUCGGGAGCAAGUGCGACGAUUACCCUCUGCUCUUCAAUUUCACGCGGUUUCUCAUCGGAGCAGCGUUCGUCGGGACCGUGCAGAUCAUCAACCGCGAGGUCGGGGCUGGGUAG